UUAUUUAUGUCAAUCUCAUUAUCUCAUAUUUAUCAGAUAUACUAGUAUAGUGUAUCUUGUGCGAUUUAUUAACAAAAAUAAGCUUGACUUAUCUACAUGACAGAUUGUUGCAAUAUAAAGAUAUUGUCAGUUGAGUUGUAAAAUGGCUACAGCACUUCAGAAACUUCCUCAAUUAUUACUUCGCCAAUAUAAUCUUGCUUCAUGUCAAUGUCUAGUCAGAAACCUGUCAGAUGGAGAGAAAAAUUUACUAGAUCAAGUCAAUGAAGAAUUGUCAAAUAUAAGGGAAAGUGGUUUGUGGAAAUUCGAAAGAGUCAUAACUACCAAGCAAGAUUCUCACGUCAAGGUACAAAACGACGACAGAAGGAUUCUAAAUUUCUGUGCCAACAACUAUCUUGGUUUAUCAAGUCAUCCCGAAGUAAUUGCCGCAGGGCAGAAGGCUUUGACUGAUUAUGGAGCUGGGCUCAGCUCUGUGAGGUUUAUAUGUGGUACCCAGACAAUUCAUAAAGAAUUGGAAGAAAAAAUAUCAAAGUUUCAUGGCCGCGAAGAUGCCAUAUUGUACGCAAGUUGUUUCGAUGCCAAUGCUGGUAUAUUUGAAACUGUUUUGAAUGCGGAGGACGCAAUAUUGUCUGAUGAACUAAAUCACGCAUCUAUCAUCGACGGAAUUCGACUUUGUAAAGCAAAUAAAUAUAGAUAUAAACAUUUGGAUAUGAGAGAUCUUGAAGAAAAACUGAUUGAUGCACAGAAAUGUCGCCAUAGAAUGAUAGCAACUGAUGGUGUAUUCAGUAUGGACGGGGAUGUUGCACCACUUCGCGACAUAUGUGAUCUUGCAGAAAAGUAUAAGGCAUUUGUAUUCAUUGAUGAAUGUCACGCUACUGGAUUUCUGGGGGGAACCGGAAGAGGAACAGAUGAACUACUUGGCGUCCAGAGUCGUGUGGCCAUCAUUAACUCAACUCUGGGCAAGGCAUUGGGAGGUGCAGCGGGAGGAUACACUACUGGCCCAAAACCUAUCAUCGAUUUGCUUCGGAAUCGAUCUCGUCCUUAUCUUUUUUCAAACAGUUUACCACCUCCAGUGGUUGGCUGCGCAAGUAGGGUAUUCGACAUUUUGACGAAAAGUAGUGGGCUAGUUGAGAACAUAAGCUUAAAAACUGAGAGAUUUCGAGGUCAAAUGGUAAAAGCUGGGUUCAAAAUCUUAGGAAACAAUCAUCCAAUAUGUCCCGUUUUUCUCGAAGAUGCUAAGCUAGCUUCUGGAAUGGCUGAAAAACUAUUACAAAAAGGCAUAUAUGUCAUUGGAUUCAGUUAUCCAGUAGUUCCAGUUGGCAAAGCAAGGAUACGUGUUCAGAUAUCAGCAUCACACAGCAACGAAGACGUCGAUAGAGCAGUCGAAGCUUUUGUUGAAGUUGGAAAAGAAAUGGGAGUCAUUUCAUAAACAUGGCGUCUUUAUAACGUUAAAUAUUUUAUUACAAACUGUGCUCGGUUAAUUUCGGAUAAACUUGAAUUGGCGCAGGGUGCAUUUUUAAUUGCUUCUACGAUAUGUUCAUUUGGACAAAUGUUUAUUGCCAACGAUUAUCCAAGUAACAAUAUUCACAUAAAAACAUUGCAUUUCCUAAAUAUUAUGGAUGACACUUUUGAAAGGUGAUAUCAUCAUGUGGAAUAUGGUGAAUGUAUACUGUGCUAAAAUCAAAAUUAGGAUGAGUCGUCUCGUGUAGGCUACCCCAUAUUAUACCAAUAGCAACUGUAUUCAAUGUUGUCAAUGUUAUUUAAUAAAAUAUGAAAAUAUAUACAUAUAUAUAUAUA